CAUCGACUUACUACAUUGCACUUGUUAUUUCAAACAAAGCAUUUUGUAAAACCAGUUUGUCAAAAUCAGAAUUUAUAAGAAUUCUUCCCGUUACGAGACAUCUCGCCAUGAUCCCUAUGAGGAUACUCUCAAGUUAUGUAUGUCAUGUUGCACGACUAUAUCCUACAACAUAAAGAGCUUAAGGACAGAAUUAUGGAAAGUAAAAUUCCCUCGUGGUUGAAUGAAGAUUUCCUGGCAGCCGCUUUUCAGGGAGGAAUAGACCAACAGCCGAAGGUGUCAAUUCUCAGUUUUAAGAUAGCGUCAUCCACCAGUUUUGAAGGUUUCUCAAGCGAUAUUUUCAGGGUCAAAGUAAGCUACAAGCUACAAAAUUCUACUCAAGAACACUCAAAGUCCCUUGUAAUCAAAGUGCCUGAUGUAUCUGGCUUAAUCUAUAAUGUUGUGGGUCCAAUCAUAUUGGAAAAGGAAGUACUGUACUAUAAUGUUUUGCUGCCAAAAAUGAUGAAAAAAGUAAAUUUCAGCUUUGCUCCUCUUUCAUAUCAUAGCACAGUAGAUAAAGUAAUAGUAAUGGAAGACUUAGGAUCAGACUACCGUAUUGCUAAUAAGCAUGAACAAUUGGACUUUGAUCAUUGCAAAUUGGUCGUUGCUACGAUGGCUAAGUAUCACGCAAGUACUGUAGCGUUGUACAAUGAGAACAGAGACCUCAUUGAGUUUGUGGGGAGAGAAGGAUUCUUUCCUGAAGGUGGACCCCUGAGAGGAUGGGUGGAGUUAGGGGUGAGAACAAUGGGUGAAGCCUUACAGAAAAUGGGAGGUUUUGAGCGGUACGCAGACUUUUUCCUUAGUAGAGUUGACACUAUUUGGGAUGAAUUGGUGGAUUGUUUGAAACCAAAAGCAGGUCGCUUGAAUGUUCUCAAUCACGGAGACUUGUGGGUGAAUAAUUUAUUUUUCAAAUACAAUAAAGAAAGUGUGGUGGAAGUUAAGUUUAUAGACUAUCAAGUGUCUCGAUACUCUCUUCCUGCUACGGACUUAGUGUACUUUGUGUACAGCAGUGCCCAACAUGAAGUGAGGGAACACCGGCAGAAGGAACUCUACAGCCACUACCUGGAGGUGCUGAACAGUACCCUAGAGCAGCUUGACUGUCCUGAGCGGUUGACGCCUGAACAGUUCAAAGAAGACAUGAAAACAGUGACUCCUUGGUUUAUUGGUGUCUCCGUAUUCGGAGUAGCACUCAUUUGUGCUGCUGAAACAAAGGAUGAACCAAAUUUUUUUGGGUUCACAGCAGAAGACUUUGUUGCUGGAAAACCAAACUCUGAUAUUCUUAAAGUUCUUCAUGGAGAUGUUUUCAACUCUCGUAUUUCGCAUAUGGUGCGGCAAUAUCUAGCUUUUAUUGAGUCGUAAAAGAUGUUUAUUGAUAUGUUUUUUAUGUACAUGUAUUAAUUCUAAGUAUUCAUCAUAAUAAAUGUAUACACAAAAAUAGUCUUAAAAUUGUUUAGGGAAAUUCCACACAAUGUUUUAAGAUAUUACAAAUAAGGAAAAACACAAUUCUUUUCAUCUCAAAAAUUAAAGUUUUCUAUUUUUAAUGCGUACUAGCUGUUCCAGACAGAAGACACACAUAUAAUAGUCUACAGAACUGAAUCAAAGCUGUGUUAAAUAGUCAAGGGUUAAACUGACUAAUAUAUUUUCGUAAAAUACUAAAUGUAUCUAACUAGGUUUAAAGGAUCAGUUAAAAACCAAUUCUGAACAAGUGACAUCUAGAGGCAGUCUUUAAUGUAAUAUUCCUUUAGUACUGUUAGUAAUUAAACGUUGUGUUUUUAGAGAAAAGGAAUAGAGUGAAUCCAUUUUCUAACUAAAUAUGCCCAUUUCUUCUAACCUACAGAAGAAGUCCUUCCUAUAUGUAGGUUCCUAGACCAAUCAACAACUUCAAUUAUUUGUGUUAGUAAUGAGGUUAAGGUCAAGCUUUUUAUAUUUUAUUUUAUUAGAGAUUUUUUGUUUUAAUGUUUCAUAGAAUAUCACAAAACACUCUAGAAGGAAAAUAGUAACUAUAAACUAUUAAAUUAAUCUGUAUAAACUAAAUAACUGAUAUGUUUUAAUGUUUUACAAUGAUUGUGGAAAUUAGGUGGUUUUGGUGCAUAUAAUUUGAUUUUACUGACCUCUCUUCUCCUUUUGGUUUCUGAUAGAGUACACCCAUUCAGAUUUAUACAUAUCUAUAAUUAGCAACAAUGUCUUUUCCUUACAAAUUUCAUCAAUGUAAUUUGUAUCACUGGAAUGAAAAAAACAUAACAAAGUAAUUUAUGCUAAUUGUAUGAACAUUAUGAGUAACAUUUGAUUGUUUUUAAACCAUCUAAAACUAAAAAAACAUAAUAUUUUGGAUAUAUAGGCUAUAUGGAUAAAUUAAUGGUCAAGUACUACAUAUUUCUAUAGUAUUUUAUUAUUAUCAUUAAAAAUUAUAUCAAAAUAAA